AUGGAUUGCGAGAUACACUACGACUUGACAGACACUUUGCCCGGCAUGGAGCGAUCAGAUUCGGCAUACACGAAUCCCAAGAAGCCCGAAUCAGAAGCCUCAACGUAUGAACCUCUACCUGACCAUCCAACGCGAUUCCGUAACUUGGAUCUCACCGAUGUAUUGGAAGACUCGGUACAACUGCUCUGCACUCCGACAUCUCGCAACUUCAUUCUGGACUUUGGCGACGAGGAAGCAUGGGUGUCCUUUGAUCAGCCGGCCGAGACAAUCCAUGCUUUGCUCGAAACACCACGUCCGUCUACUCUUCAUACGCGCUGGAUCAAUAUUUGGUACCCUUUCUUGCAGCGACCUCUUCUUGAGCUACUGGCCCAGCAGUAUGAUUUCUCGCCAAGACUACUGGCUUUGAUGAGCUCCGACCCUAGACGGAUGAGACAGUACCCUUCUCAGCCUGUUGCUGUCGAAGGGAAGAAGGAAGAAAUACUGAAACGCUCAUUUGAGGAUAUUGAAAAGGGCUUAUCUUCAUCGCCACCUCCUGCCACGGAUACCAGCUCUCUCACCAGCUGCAACCCUGCACGUACUGGUAACCUGUACGACAUUGUCGACGGCGUCUGGCAUUACACCUCUCUGGACCAAGGCCGCAGCUACCUCUGUCUGGGCUUCAACAGCUUGUAUAAUGUGCACGCUGUCGAAACCGGAUGUGGUGUUUCGGAAGAAAGUACUGGAACCAAGGAUGCACCUUUGCCUCACAUCAAGCGAGUCUGGACAUGGCUCCUCAUCUGUGCAGACAAGACCAUAAUCAGCAUCAAUGAAGAUCUCUACCCAUACAGCGAAGGCCGAUUGUCGCACCCUCAGCAUCUGGUCAUGAUGGAAACUCGUCGCAAUCUCAUCAAUGUCUUCCGCUCGCUGUCCAAGGUUGAGGACAACAGGGAGGCAAACCCGCUUGUACUCUUGCCCAUCAGGAGAAGGCUCGGCGACACGAAGGAAGAGACGGCACAUCGCGACAAGGAUGCACCCGGUCUGCUGUUCUACUACCUGUUCGAGAACUGGUUCAAUAGCUACUCCCUCAUCACACGUAGAGAAAGCAGAUACGGCAUGGAGUUGGAGAAGCUGAUGUUCUCGGCACCAAAGCUGCACCACAUCGACCUCCUGCAUGGUAUUGGCAACGAACUCGGAGCACUCAAGCGGCACUACAAGAGCUACAUCAGACUCGUCGAUCGAGUCACUGAGCCACAGUCAAGCACCUUGGCAUCAAGAAGUGGAUCUCGCGUCCCCAGCAAAGCAAGCCAGGAGACGUUCGACAAGCUCGCCGUGCAAGGAGCACAAUCGCUGAUGNGGGUCGGACUGACCAGCGCUGCCAUUGUCCGUUUCGAACGACUCAGAGACAUGAUCUCACUGUACGCUCUAGCAGAGUGCAAGGACUACCUGCAUCAGAAAGAUGGACUGGUACAGAUGAACUUUCAGCUCGUGGCCAUGUCGCAGUCUGCUGGAGUGGAUCGCCUUACGAGGGUGGCGCUCCUCAUUAGCAAGGCCACCAUCCUGUUUCUGCCACUGACCUUCCUGACCGAGUACGUGUCGGCUGAUCUCGGAGUGACGUACUCUGUCAAGACGUACUGGAUUGCGUUUGCCGUGGUCCUGACGCUGAGCUGGAUACUCUUGAUGGGCUUUGGUGUACUGAGUGGAACGAUGGAAACCUGGAGUCUGUUCCCGCCACUCAAGAGGACUUUCGCCAAGGUCAAGAACUGGAAGAGCAAGAAUGAUUAA